UGUCUUAUAAGUCGCACCAUUUUCAUCAACAUUUCAUAUCAGAAAAGAAAUAUAUAGGUUUUGAACUUGGCUAUUCUGUUUUAAGAAUAAAAUGUCGUCGUCUGAUAUUGGUAAGCUGGAGACUGAUGUAGAAAUCAAAGCCUCUGCUGAAAAAUUCCAUGAAAUGUUCACUCAUAAACCGCACCAUAUCACUCAUGCUAGCUCUGACAAGAUUCAGAAUUGUGACUUACACGAAGGUGAAUGGGGCCAAGUGGGUUCUGUCAUCUGCUGGAAUUACUUCCAUGAGGGGAAAGCUAAAGUGGUAAAGGAAAUAGUUGAGGCCAUAGACGAGGAGAAGAAUUUAAUCACGUUCAAAGUGAUUGAAGGGGAUCUUAUGGAGCACUACAAGAGCUUCAAAUUCAAGAUUCAAGCCACUCCCAAAACUGAUGGCCAGGGAAGCGUUGUACACUGGACAAUCGAGUACGAAAAGCACCAUGAAGAAAUCCUAGACCCGCACUCCAUGAUUGAGUUCCUUGAGGAUAUUUCUAAAGAUCUCGAUGUUCAUCUUCUCCAGGAUAUAUAAAUAGUCAAACCAGAUUCUAAAGCUGCAACGUUUAUGGCCCACUAAAUAAUUUAAGCUUUGAGUAUAUAAUUAUGAAUAAGUGGUCAUAUUCUACGUUUGGCAUGAUGAUAUAGUUAUCAUGAUAAGUAAUUACUUGCUAUUAUUGUUGUCCGUAUAUUUUUAUUUGAAGAGUGUUCACGCACGUUUAUGUUUUUUCCUUUAUUUUGAUAUUGUGUGUUAUAUUUGUGCUUCA